AUGGAGCUUAUGAAGAAUGAUGACCCUCUCGCUACUAAGGUUGCACCUCAGUGCGAAAACCUCGCCGCACCCGCUACCUCGGCACGGCAGGAACGACCCCAAGCGAGCAUAGGAUCACUAGGAACCAUCUGUAGAUACCGCAGAACCUGUAUCCCUAAGUCUGCUACUAUUUCUUUUUUUUCCCCUGAAGGUGCCGGAUUCAUGCAUGCUGGUGUGUAUGACGCAUGCAUUGCUGGAGGAGUGGAGUUCAUGUCGGACGUACCCAUCCGUCAUUCAAGGAAGAUGCGAGGUCUUAUGCUAAAGCUGAACAGGGCCAAGACAAUGGGUGCACGUUUAAGUUUGGCUUCCCAGCUGUCUCUGAAGCAUUUUAUUCCCGAGUUGCCUGCUGUGGCUGAAUUUUCAACCAACGAAACCAUGGGUCAUUCUGCAGAUCGUUUGGCUGCUGCUUUUGAGGUGUCCCGAGAAGAGCAAGAUGAAUUUGCCCUCCGCUCGCACACCCUUGCCCACAAAGCCCAGCAAGCUGGACACCUGUCUGACUUGGUGCCAUUCAAGGUACCAGGAGUGGAUCAGAUUGUGGAUAAAGACAAUGGCAUCAGGGUUUCUACUCCAGAACAAAUGGCAAAACUCCGACCUGCAUUUGUCAAGCCUCAUGGCACUAUUACUGCAGCAAAUGCAUCAUACCUGACUGAUGGAGCCUCUGCUGCCUUGAUCUGUACAGAGGAGAAGGCUAAGGAGAUGGGAUGGAAGCCAAAGGCCUACCUUCGUGACUUCACCUAUGUAUCUCAGGACCCCAAAGAUCAGCUCCUGCUUGGACCCACCUACGCCACACCAAAGGUUCUUGAGAUGGCUGGCCUGAAACCAUCUGACAUUGAUGUAUGGGAAAUCCACGAAGCCUUUGCUGGACAGAUCUUGGCUAACAUGAAGGCCAUGGACUCAGACUGGUUUGCCAAGACCUACCAGGGACGCUCAGAAAAGGUGGGGGCUCCUGACAUGAGCAAGUUGAACAACUGGGGCGGCUCACUGUCUAUUGGACAUCCAUUUGGUGCCACAGGCGUUCGUCUCCUGAUGCAUGCUGCUCACCGCCUUGUGAAGGAAGAUGGCCAGUUUGCCUGCAUCACUGCCUGUGCUGCUGGUGGUCAGGGUGUUGGUAUGCUGGUGGAGCGUUAUCCUAAUGCAACUGUGUAAAGCAACUAAGAAAUAGUCCACUUCCCACCCAGUGAUACAUGUUACUGUGGAUUGCUGUGCAACUUCUUGUGGGAUAUGACUGAUAUAAAUAUAUAUUUUGUAUUAGUCUUCUAUUCCUGAACUGAGAACCUGCAACGAUCAAUGCAAAUCUAUCUAGUUCUAAGCCUUCUCUGUAAUGUAUUAGCAUCCAGCAUGAAUAUUUAUAUACUUUUUAAAAGAAUUAUAUUAUUUUUCAGGUGUAAAUUCUGUAUUAUAAUAAUCAAUAAAUUGUUAUUAUA